GCCCACUCUCACUCACCACUCGUUCCACCCAUAUCUCUUUCUCUCUGUUCCAUAUCUCUGCUUUUUCUCUAUUUUCUUGUCCUCCACUGUCCAAUAUUUUAACUAAAUCUAAGAAGAAGAAAAAAAACAGUGAUGGGAAUGGUGAGUAUGGUUUACGUUGUGACUCUUAUUAUGUCAUUAACAAUGUGGAUGGUAGAUGCUAGAAUCCCAGGUGUUUACAAUGGUGGUGCAUGGCAAACAGCUCAUGCCACUUUCUACGGUGGCUCCGAUGCUUCGGGCACCAUGGGAGGAGCAUGUGGUUAUGGAAACUUGUAUAGUCAAGGUUAUGGAGUUAACACAGCAGCAUUAAGCACAGCACUAUUCAACAAUGGACUAAGUUGUGGUUCUUGUUUUGAAUUGAAGUGUGCAAAUGACAAGCAAUGGUGUCACUCUGGUAGCCCUUCCAUUUUCAUCACAGCUACUAACUUUUGUCCUCCUAACUUUGCUCAACCUAGUGACAAUGGUGGUUGGUGUAACCCUCCUCGUCCUCACUUUGAUCUUGCCAUGCCUAUGUUCCUUAAAAUCGCUGAAUAUCGUGCCGGAAUCGUCCCUGUAGCCUUUCGCCGGGUGCCAUGUAGAAAGCGUGGUGGAAUUAGGUUCACAAUUAACGGAUUCCGUUACUUUAACUUAGUCCUAAUCAGCAACGUUGCAGGUGCAGGGGAUAUUGUGAGGACCUAUGUUAAGGGCACUCAAACAGGGUGGAUGCCAAUGAGCAGAAACUGGGGGCAAAAUUGGCAAUCAAAUUCUGUUUUGGUAGGUCAAGCUUUGUCCUUCAGAGUUACCGGUAGUGACCGUCGCACUUCCACUUCUUGGAACAUUGCUCCACAUAAUUGGCAAUUUGGUCAAACUUUCACUGGAAAGAAUUUUCGUGUUUGAUUAAUGGUUAAUUGCCACGUAGGUCAUUGGUCAAAGUUCACAUUGUUAUUUCUAUUUUUUAAUAUAUAAUGUGACAACAAAAAGUAGUACUACAAUACAAUGUUGUUCUGUUUUUUGUUUUCCA